UAUCUAUAAGACUUAGGAACAUAUUCAGGCUGUCACCUCUCUGACUCACAUACUAAAUCAACAGCACCCUUCACACACUCACAGCUAGCAGACUCAAUUCACUGCACAGCUAGGUCAUGGCGGACAGAAAGGACAGCAAGACCCCCAGUAAAGGUGGUCUGACAAAGAAGAAAGAAAAGAAAGUGGAGAAAGUAGAGAGUAAACCUGAAAAGGAGAAAGAAAAGAACAAAGAUAAAGGUGAAAAGAUAACAAAGAAGCCAGAUAAGACCCCAGAAAAUCAGCAAAAAAAUGAGGAGAUGCCUCAAGGAAAUGGGGAGGUAGCAGAAGGAGCCAAACACCCUGUCAAAGAUGAGGAGUUUGAGCUGGAGCCUAUGGAGCUGCCUCCAUUUGAGAUCAUUGUAGGAGACAGACUGAACCCGACCUUCUUUAAGUUCCAAUUUAAAAAUGUGGAAUAUUCCUCCGGGCGCAACAAGACCUUCCUGUGCUACCAGGUAGACAUUCAAGGAGGUGCUGGAGAGACAGAUGGCCUUCGUGGUUACCUGGAGGAUGAGCAUUCGGGUUCACAUGCUGCUGACAUCCUGAGACUAAAAAUUAUUUGA